GGAAGUCGCGAUGUUUUGUAAACUUUUAUUUUUGGCCCUUGUGGCCUCGUCGAUAGCCGAGAAGGCUCGGUACGACAACUAUCGGCUGUACCGUAUCCAGAUCGAGAACACUGAGCAGUUGGAAGUGCUUCGAGGAAUCGAGGAGAUUGGUGAAGGCUACGAUUUCUGGACCGAACCAGCCAAUGUUGGCAGCCAUGCUGACUUGGUUGUUCCUCCUCAUAAGUUUGGAGAGUUCAGUGAUUUUGUGGAGCGAUUCAACCUGCAAGCUUCGUUGAGCCAGUCGAAUCUUCAGACCAUUUUUGAUGAAGAGCAGAGACGUCCAGCCCGGUCGGGAAUGAGCUGGACUGCCUAUCACCGACUUGAUGUGAUCUUCGCUUGGAUGGACCAGUUGCUGGCGACUUAUCCAAAUGUGCUGACUCCGAUUUCAGCUGGACUCUCUUUCGAGGGACGACCUCUGCGGGGUCUGAAGGUAUCGUACAAGGCUGGCAACCCAGGUGUCAUGAUCGAAAGUUUGAUCCAUGCUCGUGAAUGGGUUAGUGGAGCUACGGCCACCUGGAUUCUGAACGAACUGCUUACGUCGAACGAUCCCCAAGUUCGAAAUAUCGCUGAGAACUACGACUGGCAUUUCUUCCCGGUGGCGAAUCCAGAUGGAUACGAAUUCACCCACACCAAUACCCGCAUGUGGCGCAAGACUCGUCAACCACAUAGCAUUCUCUGCAUCGGAGCUGAUCCCAACCGUAACUUUGGCUUCAACUGGAAUCAGGGAGGUUCUUCAUCGGUCGCCUGUUCCGACACUUUCCAUGGACCUCAACCAUUCUCGGAAUCGGAAACGCGUGGCUUGAUGGAAUACUUUGCACAACAUGCCGAAACCAUUAGUACCUACAUUUCGUUCCACUCGUUCAGUCAAAUGUUGCUUCUUCCCUACGGACACACCACCCAGCAUUUGGAUAAUCACGACCAAAUCCUGGCCAUCGGUCAGAAGGCAAUCGAUAAGCUUCGGGAGCGUUACGGAACCCAGUACGUCGUUGGAAACAUUGCCGAGACCAUUUACAUUGCAUCGGGUGGUAGCAUCGACCACGUGAAGGGCGUUUACGGAACCCCCAUUGCUUACACCUAUGAGUUCAGGGAUACCGGAACCCACGGAUUUGCCCUCCCAGCCGACCAGAUCAUUCCCAACUCGGAAGAGGCGAUGGACUCGAUCAUUGUGAUCCUGGAGGAAGGCGAAAAGGAGGGAUUGCAUCGGGCUGCUGCUGCCGCGGCUGCUGCAAGAGCUGUCUAAGAUCAAGCUUAUGCUUAGCAAGGCGACACUCGUCAGAUGUUUUUCUACGGUCAAAAACUGGUUAACGAUGAGGGGCAAAUAGUACCAUUUAAGCUGCAUUUUGUUGAAUGAAAUACA